UAUUCCUUAUGCAGGACGAGCUCCAGUGAAUGCUAUAUCACCAGUAUAAGAGAAAGGGUUACCAGUGCUGAGUUCUCUUCAGGUUCCUCAGCAUCUGCUCCAGAUCCUGACCAGACUUUCUGCAUUCAUUCAGUACUUCUACAUGGUUGUUUGGCAAGACAAGUAUAGAGAAGCAGAGGUGGUAUAAAGCAGAGACAGACUGGGAUCAAGCCCAGGUUCCAGGGAGAAGUCACCAGAUAUUCACCAUGGAGAAAAGGUACUUGAAGGAGAUACCGUCUCUGAAGGAGAGGAUGGGGGCACAGCUGAAGGAACUAAACCUGAACCCUAAAACACUGAAAAACUCGAAAAAAGCAGUGAAGGGAUUCACAGACUUUAUACAGAACAAGGAGAAGGAGGAGACAGACAACAGCUACGAUAAUAAAGAGAUGUUGUUGGCGCUAGAGAAGGAGUACAUUGACGCAGCAAAAACAAAUGAUGUACAGACCAUGAAGCUUCUGGGGAAGGCGGUCAAUGUCGACGCAAAGAACUUGCAUGAUCGCACUGCCCUGCACUAUGCAGUAGCUGGAAAAAACAUAGAGGCCGUCCAAGUACUUCUACAGCGCAGAGCAAAUCUCAACCAAGCGGACAAGCAUGGAGUGACAGCCAUCCACCUGGCUGCCUGGUUUGGGAGUGUAACCAUCAUGAAGUUGCUUGUGCAGGGUGGUGCUGACCCAAGUGUUCAGAAUGCGGUGGGACUGAACAUCAUGCACUGUGCUGCCAUCAACAACCACACCGACAUCGUGACGUUCAUUAUCUACGACUUGAUGAUGAAAGAACUGGACAAAGAGGACCUGUCUGGACACAGGGUGUUUGCGUCGGCAGCAGAGCAUGGCUCUGUUGAGAUGCUGCAGAUGUUGAUGGAGGAGGCAUACAAUAUGGCCACCAUGGAGGAAGACCAGAAUGGGGACACACCUCUGCACUUGGCUGCCAGCAAUGGCCAUUUGGAUGCCGUCCAGCUACUGUUGAAGAGCUUUGAUACUCGUGAUGAAGUCAAUAAGCUUGGGGAGACAGCUCUGUACCUGGCUGCUGAGGCUGCCCAUGAGGACUGUGUCCAGGCUCUGUUGGAGGCAGGCUGUGACCCAAACAUUGUCACCAUGGGCCAAAGCAGUGCUCUACACCCUGUCUCAGAGAAGGGUUACACGUCGUUGGUGAAACUCCUCAUAGAGAACACGGCCCAGAUGGACUUACAGAACCAGCACCUCCAGGCUCCUCUCUACCUGGCAGUGAAGAACUGUCACAUCCCUGUCAUCCACACACUGCUGGAGGCUGGCUGCAACGUCAACAUCACUGAUCAUAGGUCCCAGACUGUCCUGCAUGUAGCAGCAGAGCUGGCCAGAGUGGACAUUGUUGACAUGCUUCUGAAAGCUGGGAUGGACCUGACCCUCCAGGACAAGCAGGGUAAGACAGCACUGGCUGUGGCAGCCCGAGCAGACGAAGUCAUCAUCGUGGACAUGAUCAUCAAGGCAGAGAGAUAUUUCACAUGGAGGAGGGCCAACACUGAGCUUAAUGAGAACCUUCACAGCCAGUCUCCGCUGACGUUUAAAUUAGACCAUCGCGCGGAGAGCAAACAUGUCCGCGGUACGGCCUGGCACCUGGCCUACCGCCUGCUGGAGCCGGGUGACUGGAAGAGGCUGGCGCUGCACUGGCACUUCACCGAGCAGCAGGUGGCUGCCAUCGAGGAGCAGUGGACAGGGAAGCGGAGCUACCGGGACCAUGGGAACAGGAUGCUGUUGAUCUGGCUCCAUGGGUCAGAGCUGGCCCAGUUGAAUCCAGCUAAAGAGCUGUACCAGGGCCUGCUUGCCAUAGACAACAAGACCGUAGCAGAUAAAAUACGAAUGGACACAGAGGACGGAGACAUGAAGAAAUGCAUCCUUUCAUAAAGGGUGUCGUCAUCUACAGACAGACAUACGUUCAGUCAACCAGAUUCUAUAUUUUCCCAAAUGAGAGCAUUUGUGUGGUUCUUUGUCAAUGGAUCCAUAGUAGUACACAUUUCCAUGUACCGUCGGAAGUUUACAUACACUUAGGUUGGAGUCAUUCAAACUCGUUUUUCAACCACUCCACUUUCAACAACUCUUGU